AAAAAAAGUGAGGAGGCGUUCUCCCAAACAGGAAGGCGCCUAGAAAAAACAACAACGGAGCCAUCCGAUUGUUGUUUAUUGAUGGCGGAACACGAGUAAACAAGCGGGAAGAUUCUUCAAAGCGGUUCCGGGCGCUUCCGGGAGAGUUUGGAAGGCUCUCGGUUGAACUCCGUGGCUGCAGCCCGCGGUGGCUGCGGUGUUGCUGGGGCUGACGCACACUCGAGAGGCGGGGGAGCUGUCACCGAGCUAAGCUAGUUAGCUUAGUUUAGCGAACACUCGUCUUUAAAACCACUUCUGGUCCGGCGGACGUUCGCAUGUCGGAUCCACCGGAAGGACAUUUUGACGAAGUCUAGUUAGCAUAGCAGCUAGUUAGCACUUGUCAACACGUUGGGGACGCGCUGAGGGAAAACAACAACAUGUCGAUUGACACGCUCACACUAAAGUGUGAAAAAACGCAACACUGACAUUUUCUUUAGCACACAAUUAAGCCCUCACACGUCUUUUCAUUUAUUGUUUUCGUUCACAUCAUUUAAAGUUUACUUGUAAUUCGGGUGUUAGCAUGGAGGCUGCAUACCCGGGCAGCAGCGCCUCGGAGCGGUUACGUAACAGCCGCAAGCUGCCGCUCUGACAGCUGCAAACACACACACACACACACACAUAUAUAUAUAUAUAUAUAUAUAUAUGUAUAUAUAUAUAUAUAAAUCUUAAAUAUAUAUAUAUUUAUAUAUACACAUAAAACACAAAGAGCGAGCACAACAAGAAGAGGAAUAACAACAUGGAGGAGCUGUGAGAGCGCUGGUGCACAUUAAUAACAUUUUCAUCGAGAUGGAUUCUAAUCCCCUCAUUAACGCCAUGGACCCGUCCAUCACGCUCUGGCAGUUUUUGCUCCACCUGCUGGACGACCAGCGCCAGCGUCACCUGAUCUCGUGGACGGGCGAGGACGGCGAGUUCAAGCUGCUGGACGCGGAGGAAGUGGCCCGCCUGUGGGGGCUCCGCAAGAACAAACACAACAUGAACUACGACAAACUCAGCCGCGCGCUGCGUUACUACUACGACAAGAACAUCAUCAAGAAGGUGAGCGGACAAAAGUUUGUGUACAAGUUCGUCAGCCAGCCCGACCCCUCCCUGCCUGACGGGACGCGCACCCCGGAAGAAGGCCAGAGGAGGGACAACGUGGAUGCCAAUGGCCAAUCGAAAGGGGGUGGGGCGUUGAGCUGUCUGUCAAAGGGCAUAGCACAGAAGUCGUCGCCCGGCGGCUCCUACAAAAGUUCCCGUAACGACUACAUGAAGUCUGGCCUCUACUCCACCUUCACCAUCCAAUCGCUGCAGGCCCCGCCGAACCCUCGACCGGUCAAAGCGGAGCUGAUGCUGGACCCCGCCCCCAGAGAGGUUUCCUCGCCGCCAGUAGGUGCUGGCGUCGAUCCUUCUCGCCAGGUGAUCGUCACUCAUGCUUCGCCAUGUUCCACACCUGUUGUCAACCAACCCCAGCCAGCCAACACCCCCAGCCAAUCACAGAACCCGUCUGGCCCCCCGCUGGGUGACCCUCCUCACAUUUACCUCACCAGCGUCAGCGACCCCUCCUCCCUCACGCCGCUCAUCCCCAUAGGUUCCGUCGGGGGCGCCGUGAGUCCCGUACCGCCACAGCCAGACGGCGGCGGCAUGGCUAGCGUUGCCAGUUUCCCUCCCCAUCCCAACCCCGCCCCUCACCCAACUCACUCCCCGCCCGUCUUCGUUAUCAUCAACCCCCCUUCCUCGCAGCAGGCCGCUGUGGCGUCCGCACCCCCCUCUGUCGCCCCGCCUCCAGCACGACCGCCCCUGCCCCCCAUUGUCAUCAAGGAGGAGACCCUGCCGUUGGAGGAGGACCUCCUGGAGAUAGUAACCAUGGAGGAGAAGCAGGUGGAGGAGGUUCCUCAGCUCAUUUGUGGCCCGGGUGGACCACAGCCUCAGCUCGCCAUCAUAGAAGCCACGCCCCCUCCAAGCAUCGAUGCCGAGGUCAGAGAUCAGCAUUCGGGAGGCGAGGAAAAGGACACGCCAACAGACCCAUCCGUGUCUGCGGUGACGUCAUCGACGCCACUGGCGGCGGCGAGGUCGGCUUCAGACGUGGUUCCUCCCAAACCGAAGAAGCCCCGAGGCUUGGAGCUGCCGUCCUCCCCCUCCCUACCCCCCGGCCUCUCCCUAGACAAGUUCAACGCCGCCGUCAACAGUCUGCUGGCGCCCGGCUCGGCCGCCAACACGCUGACGCCCGGCGUCAUCACCUCGCACGCCCUGACGCCCGUCCUGUUGACCCCCAGCCCGCUUCCGUCCACCAUCCACUUCUGGAGCACGCUCAGUCCCAUCGCUCCCCGCUCGCCCGCCAAGCUCUCUUUCCAGUUCCCCACGAACGGCAGUAACCAGAUGCACAUCCCGGCGCUGAGCGUGGACGGACUGUCCACCCCCGUGGUGCUGUCCCCCGGUCCCCAGAAACCCUGAACCUUCCUGGCCUCUUGUUUGCUCUCCACGCCAGGCUCCCAAGAUGGCGCCCUCACAGUCAUGGCUAGCUUGGAGGACCUCAAGUACGACACUCCGCCUCCUGCUCAUUAAUAUUCAUGAGGAAGAAGGGAAGUCAGACGUUUAUUUAUUUCCACUUCCUGAUUUUGGCGGCCAUUUUGGAGGAUGGUUUUCUUCUAAUGUUAAUGAGCGCCAUGUUUUCCUGGAAGGUGAGUGCACCUUUCAAACUUUUUGACUUAUUUCAUUUUACAUUCCUUGGAACUUAACGAGGACAUUCCUCGUUUCAUUCCGUUCGAGGAGGUUCGCAUCCCUCGCGCCGCCUUCGUCCUUGAAUAAAUUACGUGUACGUGCAGAUGGGACACGCCUACUGGACCUCAGCGCAAUGACGCGCAGAAAAAAGAAAACCCUGCUGUUGACAGUGUCCCUGAAUGCAUCGCGACCUGGACAUGGCAGCAACACAGUCAGUGUGUUGUUAUUUUCAUGCUCUGUGGUUUCCAUGGCAACCUGACAUUGACUGUUGUGUUUCUAUGCUUGUGCACAUGACACACAUCUUUGGACACACAGUUGUUGUGUCUUUUUGUUAAUUUUGAAGGGAGAUAAUUAUCGAUCCCCUCUACCCCUCCCCCGACAAAUGAUGAUUGGCUGCCAAAGAUGUUCCGUUAGAGGGAAGUGCCACUCCGAAAAUCUCGGCGAGCGACACGUCGCCCCGUAAACGCAGCACCUAAGCCAUCGUAUUCGACUGUUUCUAUUUUUCUAGCAGAGAGCCGCUGCUUUAUUUUGUCUAAGUAAAAGAACGAGCGAAAGAGAAAAAAAAGCCUUAAAGACGCUCUUAAAAGUCGUCUUUCCCAGUGGGCGUGGCCUACACAAAGCCAUUUGUCGUUGGAACGCUUUCCUCUCACCAGCAGAACAGGAAGAAUGUUUUUAUAUGGAGGAUAAAGUCCAGUCAGCCUCUCCAGGGACCGCUGCCACCCGAGAGACCACGUUUCCUGUCAGACUUUCACAAUAAGAGCUUUUUGUGUACAAAGUUGAGUAUUGUGUAUCAAGUUGUGUCAAGUCAGAGUCUCUUUGGCCCCGCCCUUCUUUACCUGCCAUUGGCUGAGGAGUUUAUUGAUGUAAAGGGGCGGGGCCUGACUUUAUUUUUCUUAUUGGUAUUUACUGGAAACAUAAAGAAAACAAUAUUUUUUAUUGAUGUUUUUUUUCCCUCUGGUGUUUGUUAAUGUUAAGAGUGUCCAAAUUGUUUCCACUGAGGGCCGCACACUAAAAAAUGAACGCAUGCAAGGGCCAUUUUGUUAUUUUUCAUUUCCAAAACAAAACAACAUAUAGAUUUGUUUUAACCUUUAGGGCUCCCCUCAAGUUUGGAUAUCAGUCAUAAAAAUCACUUGAAUCUCUCCAUCAACUUCAGAUCGACCUAUCAAUAUAAAGUUAGUACAUUUUUCAAUAUUUUAUGCCCUUUUUGUUCAAGAAAACCCUGUUUUUCAUGGCAAAAACACAAAAUAUGUAAUAUUUCCCCCAAAAAGAUAUUUGAUGUGAUGUACUUGGAUCCUUAAAUCGAUAAAUAUUUCGUAACAACAUUGAUUUGGAUUCCUGACUAUUUUUUGAGAAAUGACAGUUUAGAAAAAAAAAUCCCGCUAAAAUUUUUACGGAUCCAAAAGGGUCCCACUCAUAAAAUAGUUAAUAAAAAGUCAUACAUUAUUUAUUUAUUUUUACUUUAAACCCUUAAAUAUCUAGAUCAACUUGAGAUAAAUCCCAAAUUUUUAAAAAUUAUUAUUAUUAUUUUGGUUUGAUUUAUUUUUGUCAUGAAACACACAAAUACAAAAUGUUUUAUAUUUUUCUAUUCAAAAAUGACAAAGUGGAAUAUUUGACAUGAAGUAAUUGGAACCUUUAAUAGGUCAAUAAUUCAUAACAAUAUUGAUUUUGAUGCAUUGUUAUUUUUUAAGCAAUGAGUUUAAAAAAACAAAUCCAGUAAUAUCCUCAGGGAUCCACAAGGGUCUCACUCAUAAAAGUCCUACUUUUUUUAAAUUCCAACCCUUAAAUCUCUAGAUCAACUUCAGAUUUAUCUGUCAAAAGUUUUUUUUUUUUUUUUUUUAAAUGUUUUUUUUGUGUCUAUUCCCUUUUUAUCUUAGGAAACAUAGUUUUUUUUGUGGCAAACACAAAAUGUGCAAUAUUUUUUCCCAAAAUAUUUUUUCUAAAUGUAAUAUUUGAAAUAAUUUGAGCCUUAAAAUGAUAAAUAAUUCAUAACAACAUUGAUUUUGAUUCCUUAUUUUUUAUUUUAGAAAUGACAGAUCAGGAAAAAAAAAUACCACUAAAAUUCUCAAGGACCCAAAAGGGUCCCACUCAUAAAAAUAAGUUAUGUUUUUUGUUUUGUUAUAAUAUCUUAUGUCAUAGAACACUUUGUUUUUGUAUGGCAAACACACAAAAUAUGUAAUAUUUCCCCCAAAAAAAAUUUCAAAGUGGAAUAUCUGACGUGAAGUGAUUGGAGACUUUAAUAGGUCAAUAAUUCAUAUCAACAUUUGAUUUUGAUGCAUUAUUAUUAGUAAAUCCAAUAACAUUCUCAGGGAUCCAAAAGGGUCCCACUUAUAAGUCAUAAAACAUUUUUUUACUUUCAACCCUUAAAUCUCUAAAUAAACUUCAGAUAUAUUCGGUGAC